AUGGACGUGGACGAGGAAAAUAUCAGCAACUUUGCAGGCAUCACUGGCUCAAGUACCGAUGUCGCUCGCGGUUUUCUCCAGAUCGCCGGCGGCGACUUCGAGCGUGCUGUGGCCCUCUUCUUUGAAAAUCCAGAGCUGGUAUCUGGCAUGAGCGCCGGUUUGUCUGGCGCUGGCGGCAGCAGCAGCGGCGGGCCUUCGGCGGCAACGGCUCCUGCGGCUACAUCAUCAUCGCGGUCCCGACUGGGUGCUUCUAGAGAGGACUCUAGCGGCGUUAUACACAUUACUAGCGACGACGACGACGAUAUAGACUUCCACGACGCAGACAGCGGCGCCGAUGACAAGGAUAACGACGAUGAGGACGGCCACGCCGCGGCGCUGGCGGCCAACUACGCACAGGAGGACGAGGACGCCGCCAUGGCCAGAAGACUUCAGGAAGAGCUUUACCAACAGGGUGGUCCGGCCGCCGAGUCAGAGGUGCGCGCACCGAUUGCGAGAACGACGGAGACGCUCGUGGGCCCCGAGGCUGGUUGGGGACCAGAAGACAACGCGGCUUUCCUCGAGAGCCUUCGCCGGCGCCGACCGGCAGCUAGAGGACGCGGUAGUGGUGUAGCCGGUCCGUUUGCACAGGGUAUCUGGGCGGAUGGCCCGCCGUCGGCAAGCACAGCGGCCAACGGCACGCAUGCGCGGCGACUCCAGGACCUGUUUCGGCCGCCAUACGAACUCAUGGUACGCAUGUCAUGGGACGAGGCACGCACGCUUGGCAAAGGCGACCAGAAAUGGAUCCUAGUCAACUUACAGGACAUGAGCGACUUUAACUGCCAGGCGCUCAACCGCGACAUUUGGAAGGACGAGUCCAUCAAGGACCUGGUGUCGGAGAAUUUCAUCUUUCUACAGUAUGACAAAGACUACCCCGACGCGGAGGAGUAUCUUACGUUUUACUUUCCCAACCGCACGCACGAGAAUCCGGACAACUACCCGCACGUCUCGAUCAUCGACCCGCGCACAGGCGAGCAGGUCAAAGUCUGGACCGGGCGGCCGUUCCCGACUGCACGCGAGUUCCACGCCGAACUUGCCGAGUUUUUGGAUCGGUACAGCUUAGCGGCCAACAGCAAGAACCCCGUGGCCAAGCCUAGCGGGCCCAAGCCAGCCGUGGUGGACGUGGACCGCAUGACAGAGGAAGAGAUGCUGGAAAUGGCGCUCAAGAACAGCAUGACGGGGCCUGGGACGGGCGGAAGCGGCAGCAGCGGCGGUAACUCGAGCUCGACGCCGAAUGUUCACGAUCCGGACGCUUACACCAAGGCUGGCACGAGCAAGGACGUGGAAGACGCAGCAAUGGAGGAUGCGGCAGAGGUUGAUGCAGGCUCAGCUGCGUUUGCGCAGAUUUCGUCAACGAAUCCACACACAGAGCCAGCCAACGACCCGGCGACGACGACGCGGAUCCAGUUCAAGCACGCCAACGGCCGCGUUAUCCGCCGGUUCAAGGUGUCGGACCCCGUGCGGACGCUAUUCGAGUGGCUCAAGGCGGAGCCUUUCGAGGGCAAAGACGGCGUGGUGUUUGAGCUGAAGAAGAUGCCGCAGGGCCAGGACCUGAUGGAGACAUUGGACGCGACGAUUGAGGAGGCGGGACUGAAGCAGGGGACGGUCAUGAUUGAGUUCAUCGAGGACUAG